GACUCUUGCAAUGUAUGUACUAUAGCAACCUGUAAUCGAAUCAUCUUGAAUUCUCGUCGUCUGGUGGCCGUAGAGAGGUGUUGCCAUCUGUCAAAGCUAAAACCCAGAAGUCAGGGGAUCUACAAAAAUACUCAACUGGCUUGAUGAUGAUCAUCCUUCUAGCGCUUCGAAGGAGUAGCGGCUAUAUUCUAUAGACAGCGGCUGCACUGGAUCUGUCCAUAUAUACAUUGUCCCAACACCGUCCGGUCUUUCACAUCUUUGUUUCAACCACAUCCACCCAUCUAACCUUCCAACCUUCGUCUCUAUCUACCUAUGCGAGAGAGAUGAACCACAACUGCCCUGACUGCGUCCCGCUUGCAGACCAUGAUGCCGCAUUAGACGUCUUUAACCGCGAACGCGAAAGGAACAAGAAGGAGCGCGACGCUGCACGUUCUGAACUUACCCAACAGUACACAAAGGUUGCAGAACUUGAGAUUGCGAACUCGAAGUUGCACACGGGGUUGCAUGCUGCUGAGGAGUGCAAUGAGGAGUUGAAAUUGAAGUUACGCGAUAGCGAGGAGAAGAACAUGGCACUGUUGAAGCGACUGGAUGAGAUGGAGAGAAAGCGGAAGGAAGAUGAGGCUGAAUAUGAUAGGAUGCUUGAGGAAUUGAAGAGAAAGUUGAAGGCCCUCUCUUCCCUACCUUCUCCUGACGUGACCUCUGUAUCUUCCUCUUCGCCGUCGUCUGUGCAAGGUUCAGUAUGCGCGGAUGUGGAUCCAACGUUUCACAAUUUACGAAUGGAUGAGGAGUCUCCUGCAGUUGCGGAACAAACGAAAGAUCAGGUCGAUUCCCUGCAAGUACUCACUUCAUCUUUGGACACCCCACCUGUACAUUCUGGGCCGACCAGCACCGAACUUCGUUCGUCGCAAGACGCUUUUCCUAUAACACCAAUCUCGCCUUCUCGAGCCAAACUUGCAACUUCUGUUCUUUCUCGAAUGAAGGGGAGAUUGACAUCUGUCCAGCCUUCCUCGGAAUCUACUACUCCUUCAUCAGCGACCUCUGAGCAACCGAACGAGAUUUCUGACGAGUCAAGUGGGAUGUCCCACCCUGAGCAACUACCAAUGGAACCUUCUCCAGAAAUCGAGCUUCCAUCUCGGAUUGCCGAGCCUUCGGUUCCGACAAGUAUGGAACAGUCUCUCCCCAUGCCUGGUUCUCUUUCAACGCCCAACAGAUUAAGCACGACUGAGAUACAUACUCAAUUGCCAAAUGCCGAUAAAGGCAACAAUGACGAGACCGUUUCUAAGUUAACAACUCCUUCCGUUCCUAAUGGAUCUAGCCCUAUAAAGCCUAUUUCUAAGCCUCGCAGAGGAUCCCGCUUAGAAGUCAACAAAGUCACUAGGAUAGUUCGGAGACCCUCCAGUUCCUCAAGCACACCAAGCUUCACUCAGGCGUUGAAAGUUGGACAUCCUCGUGGACACAAGCCUUUUAACAGCUCAGCAUACAAGAAGCCACUGUCUACUCAGCCUAGGGUCGAACGUCCCCGCCCUCUUCAGAGCGCGCCGCUGAAACAUUCCAAGUCGCAUGCAUCCCAGUCAAAUUUCGUCGCUUCGAAGUCAGAUUCAAAGCCUCAUUUUCAAAUUCAGGCAGGCAGCAGCGUUACACCCGACAUAACUGCGGCUCGGAAUCCUCGACUUCCGCUGUCCAGAGCAAGUAAAGCUGCACUCUCCAAUGCAUCUAAGGUCGUGGUCACAGACCUCGCUGUAUCGCUCACUCACACCAUGCAGGACAACGUCAAUUCUACUUCAUUGCAUCCGGUGAAGCGCAAGGCGUUCCAGCUAGAACCCAGUUCGUCAAUCCUCUUACACAAACGGCGCCGCACACGGAACAAUGCAUAUGUUCUCGUGAACCAUGCAGACCGAUCCUGGGAUGUCCAUUCACUAUCUGAACUCGGUCGCCCACCUGCAGAUAUUGACCUUACAGUUUCUGACGAGGAAAGUGAUGAGGAACGGUCAGUACGGAAGGCGCUUACACCACGAGAACAUGUUUGGAAGGAAGAGAGCUUUGAAACAGAUGAACAUGGUGGAAGGGUGAAGUCCACUGCGGAGAACUCAGAAUCGUGCGAGAAGAGCUCGGCAGGCCCAACCGCCGUUCUGUCUCUUUUCGACGAUUCCGAGUUGUCCGACCUAACUGACAGUGAGAACGGAGAUGAAGACGCAGAAGGAGAACCUGAUGUAUUCCGGCCGUUGGAUGAGCAUCUGACCGGCGAUUCUAUGCCUGCGGGCGAAUCCUUCUCGAAUUUUACGUCGGGGGUUGCAGGAGAUAACGGUAGCAAUAGUGCGCGUAAUAACAUGAAUUAUCACCUACAGGCCCCGCGAACCUGUCCGACUGCAACCAGGAACGUCAAGAGCGAGGUCAAACAAGAGGAAGUUGGACUCAACACACUUGAUGAAACGAGUCGGGGACAUCGCCUAGACGGCGUGGCCACCUUCCCAGUCCAGACUGAGGAGCACAUCAGUUCGGUCACUGUUACUCGACAAUUCUUGUCGACCAAAUAUGGCGGGUCGCCUCAGGGACUCUAUCCAAUCAUCGACAGAAGGGCGCACAAACACAAUUACCACUUGUUCUUCCCCACUCUACAGAACAACCCGGAUGCGCCCAGGAAGCCCGGCGAUGCAGGUUUACUCUAUCGAACCAUUCCGCAAGUACCAUGGGGUAAUCAAACACUGAAGAUGUUCGUGAAGCUCAAGGCAAACAAUUACCUGUACAUGGGAGAUUACCAGAUUAUACCCACGACACCACUUAGUCAGGAAGAGUUCCAACGUCUGCCUCUGAAGACAAAGCGUGCUUGGGCUCGAUUGAUCCUCUCGAGAAGUAAAGAGAGGAGGAUUAGGGCUAGAAUUCUCCUCCGCAAGAAGUUGGAUCGCGAACCUACCCAGGGAGAAGUUUCGACAUUUGUUUCUCAGUAUCCAAGGGACCGUUUCGCCGUCAGUAUUGAUGAUGCCGUUGAUGCAUAUUCUUGUGGCCAAGAGACAUUCUAUAUCUUUUUGCUUCAAUGUGUUGGCUAUGAUGAUGCGUUCCAACGUGAGUUGGCCAACACAUUUCCUGCAAGAGCGCCCGCGUCUUCUGCACAUCCACUGUCUGCAAAGAAGCCAAAAUCGUCUGCAGUCUGUCAGAAACGACCUCGGCAUGCCAUGGAGGAAGACGAUGAUGAUUCGGAGUACUCCCCAUAGUUCCUCAGGAAACAAGUAACCCAUCUGUUACGUCCACAGCAACACCAUCCUAACUGUACUUAUGACUAUGUGGAGCGUAUCUAUACUCUUGUCUAGUUUCUUGCUUUUCCAACUUGGUUGUACUUUAAAUUAGUCCUACAUUGCUUAUACGGGGAUGAUACCAGAGAGAUACUGUACAUUACUUACGGGAUACUACUUCGAUACACAACAUUGGAUGUAAUGAG